AUGGGCAAUAGCAAUAAAUUCAGCAUUUGGCAUACCAUAUUCUUCGUGGCUGUGGCCCUCCUAAUUCUCAUUCUGUUGGAAACGCGUGAUAGCCUCUCCGUAGGCGAUGAGCUUCUGCGCAAACCAACAGUUGAGGAAUUUCUGACGGUCGUGCAGGAAGAUGUUAUCGACUGUGAUAUAACCCUCGUGAUUCCGAGCCUGCUUUUUGACAUAGUGCUGUUCGGUGAGGACUUGUUUGAGAGUUUCAAGACUCUCACAGUGGUACCUAGGGAGAUAAUCUUUGUAAUUAGUGACAUGGAGAAUCAGAAAGUUGAUCACAAAAAGUUUCUCAGACUGAAGCGUAAAUUUGCGACACUAGAGGGAUACGGAAUUCAGCCCCGCUUCUUAGAAUAUCCUGACAAGAUGUCGCAAUCGAUGGCCAAAAAUAUAGGGGCGGCUUCUGCUAAGGCCUCGGUGAUAAGUAUUUUCGACUGCGACGAUGUACUACACCCGCAGAGGUUCGAAGUUCUGUCUCACAUAUUCACCACACGGCCGAGUGUUAACGCGGUUCUCACCACGUUUUCUUUCACCAACAGUGAGCAAUUAGGCAAUCAUUAUCUCAGCCAGGAUAUGUACAAUAUGUCGGUUGUAGAUAGCAAAGUGUACGAUCCUGACGAUCUGAGACAAAAGAUUCGAACCCAGAUGGACAAGGGACAAUACUACUUUCUGGAACCGAAUUCCAAUACAGUCUACACCUGGUGUUGUGCUUGGUUUUCACCCUCCCUUGUCGCGAAUGGGUGGGUUUCUGUGAGGAGGAGUACCUGGUUGCAAUAUCAGCAGAGAAACGAUAUGCGUGUGGGAGAGGAUAUUGAAUUUGUCACUAGACUUAUAACUGGAAGCGAAAACCUGACGGUGGUGGAUCUCGUACUGGGCCACUACAGAUGGAAAACAGCGCAGGAAGGUAAAGUGAUCAUCUGA